CCCGUCAGCUUUUUUAUUUGAUUAAUUUUCAGUUGCUGUAGUCUUUCAUGUAGCAUUGCUAUUAUUUAGUUAAUUCUUUUUGGUGUUAACUUACUCUUUUACUUUUUACAUUUAAAACUAGCAUUUUUCCAUUGUUUGUCAUUUCCAAGCUUCUUUUUAACUGUUGUAAAUGUUCCUGCAUGAUGAAAACAAAUCAUUCAUUUUAAAUGUUUAUAUAACUUUUAGCUUAACUUAAUUUAAAUUUACUUUUACGAAUUCUAAAGUUUUAUUAAGAAAGAAAAGGUAAAACGUUGAAACAAGUUUUGGAAAGAACUAAAAUUUUGUUAGUUUUGGUUUUUAUUACUCUCUGAACAAAACUGUUGGAGGGUUGUGCCAGCUGAAAGCAGCAGUGCCUCUCAUGCAGGUCGGAUGCAAUAAAACCUGUUUACAAUGGAACCUGUUUGCCCUGAAUCUGUAGUUCAGGCAUGGAGUGUGUGUUGAACGAGAGAGCAGAAAGAGGAAGGGUGACUCCAGUUUGCUAAGCAGAAAGGACAGUUUGGUGAUAAGAUUCUAGUUUGAAUUUCUCUUUCAGGCGAGUUCAUUUGUUUUGCAGCAGCUGGAGAGCUCGCAGAGUGGAUUUACACUUCACAACCUUAAAGAGGAAGAUGUCUGCUUUCUUAAAUGAAAAGAAGAGCUGAGCUUUUACCACUUAUUGCAAAGCAAUCAGAGGCAUGAUGACCGUCAUAGAGGAUCCUGACCACGUGGGAAGCUUCUUAAAUGCUUCUGAGCUGAAGAUCCCGUUUUCAGAUACGGUCAAGUACUGCAUCCUUGCUGUUUCUGUUAUUCUCCUCCUGGUGGCGCUAUGCAUCUUGGCCUGGCAGAUCUUCAGAUGUUUCUCACACUCAUAUUUUACGUACACUCAAGAUUCAAUGAAUAGUGAUCUGUUGUACUUAGAGGAAAAGCCAUCAACAGAAAAAAACUACUCAGCACCAGGUAUGAAGGUAGAGAAUCAGACUACUCAGUCUCACAGACUGAGUCGUUGUCUGUCUCAGACUUGGUUUUCCUCUUCAGAAACCAGUAUGUCAGAUGUGAACUUCGAGGAGCAAAAAACAAAUAAAAAGGUUUUGGGCUCUCUGCGUUUCUCUGUCUUCUUUGACCGGCUGGAGUCCCGUCUGGUGAUCUGCGUGCUGCAGGCAGAGGGGCUUUCAGACUCCGGAGAGGCCACUUCCAUGCAGCCGUUUGUAAAAGUACGACUGAUGAAGGCCGGAUUAGAAGGAACAGCAAAGAGGAGUUUAAAGAAAGAGCGGGGUGAAGAGUCACCUUCUACUUUGUGGGCGGUGCUGCAGGAAUGGGACACUCGUAUAGUAAAAGGAAGCGAUAAGGCUUUAUUUGGAGAUGAGUUCAGCUUUAUUCUGCAGGAAACCAAGAACAUACUUCAUCACCUAAAGCUCAGGAUGGAGGUGAGAGACUUUGACAAAUUCUCCAGACAAACACUGUUAGGGGAAGUGAACCUUCCUUUGAAGCACCUCGACAUCUCAUUUCCUCUGGUGCUCCAAGAAGAUCUGCAGGCACCCCAGAAGGAUCUUGUUGGGGAAGUUCUUCUGUCUCUGAAGUUUCUUCCCACCUCUCAGCGGCUUGAGGUUGGUUUGUUGAAGAUCAGGACAGCUUUCCCAAACAUCUGCUCAGAUGCAGCUUUAUAUGCCAAGAUCAGCGUUCAGUGCAAUCAGAGUAAACUGAAGCCCCAGAAAACCUCUGCAGUGGUCCGCAGCGCGGUGACUGUCUUCAAUGAGGUCCUCAUCUUUUUGCUGCCUGACUUUGCUGUGGAUCAGUGCAAAAUUUUGGUCUCUGUUUACGAGACCUGCACAGAUGCCAAAUCUAGCAGGUCUUUGAUUGGACAUUUAUGUGUGGGGAAGGACAGGAACCUGGAAGACGAGCACUGGACAUUGAUGCUGCGCUCAAUCCGCCAGCCUGUUGCAAAGUGGCAUGCACUUCUGAUUUAAACAACACUGCACAAGCCCUUUAUUUAUUGCAACUUUCACUUUAAUCUGUUCAACAGCAGGAGAUAACAAGAAAGUGCAAUGUAUAUCACUGAAUGUAACUGCUUUUGCUCAGUUAAGAAAUCUUUUUUUAGUCGAAUGUAAAGCUAAAAAUCCAGUUUAUAUGCUGUAUUUAUGAUGUACUUUUCAUCCAAAUCAAAGGAAUUUGCAGAAAAUAUAAACUUUUUCUUUGAACUAGCCUCAAAAUAGUAUGCACACAAAAACAUUGAUUUGUAAAAUUGUUUGACUGUUUCAGAAGUCUAAUCCUCCAUACUGCACAAACAGGAAGAAUUAUUAUUGUUAUAAAAUGAAACUGCUUUCUACUUUGCUAAUACCAAAGAAUGCUUAUAUAAGUCUACGUAUCCAAUCCUGCACAGAAAAACAUUAAGAGGCAAAACUAGACAACAAACAUUUGGUUCAAGAUAUCAGUUUAAAAAAAUUAAAAAAAUAAUAAUCAGAAGAACGUUUUCCCUCUAUCACUAGUUAACUUUAAGCCUGUUAUACCUUAUGCGGAUUUAACUUUUGACUUUGUUAACAAUUGAAAUAAAAUAUUUAAUAUGAGGAAGUCCCAUUUGGAAAAAAAAA